GGGUACUGAGCAUCUUUCUCUCUGACUUCUGUGGAGUUGGAGCCACCACCAGCAAGGCACAGGGAGAAGAGCCUGACCGUGCUUAAGAAUGAAUGCUGUCCCUUUCCACAGGUGACAGUUUGCUGAACAUUCAGGUGCACUGGAGAUGGUUGGAAGCAAUGUUAGCUCCCAAGAGACCUUUAUCCUGCUGGGCUUCUCUGCCCACCCCCACCUGGAGAGCAUGCUCUUUGUGGUCAUCCUGCUGGCCUAUCUCCUGACUCUGCUGGGCAACACCACUAUCAUCCUGGUAUCCCGGCUGGAUCCCCACCUCCACACCCCUAUGUACUACUUCCUCACCCACCUGUCCUUGCUGGACCUCAGCUUCACCACCAGCUCCAUCCCUCAGCUGCUGUAUAACCUGCAUGGCCCAGACAAGACCAUCAGCUUUGCAGGCUGUGCCCUCCAGCUCUUCCUGUUCCUGGCUCUGGGAGGCGUGGAGUGCCUGCUUUUGGCUGUCAUGGCCUAUGACCGCCUUGUGGCCAUCUGCAAGCCCCUGCAUUACAUGGUGAUCAUGGGCCCUAGACUCUGCCUGGGCCUGGUGUCAGUGGCCUGGGUUUGUGGGGUGGCCAACUCCCUGGCCAUGUCUCCAGUGACCCUGCUUCUGCCACGCUGUGGGCAUCGCCGUGUGGAUCACUACCUGUGUGAGAUGCCAGCCCUGAUCCGCAUGGCCUGCAUCAACACAGUGCCCAUCGAAGGUGCCGUGUUUGUCCUGGCAGUGGGCAUUGUGCUGUCACCCUUGCUGUUCAUCUUGGUCUCCUAUGGCUACAUCAUGAGGGCCUUGAUGCGGAUGCGCUCAGCAUCAGGAAGGCAAAAGGCCUUCAACACAUGUGGCUCCCACCUCACGGUGGUGUUGCUCUUCUACGGAAACAUCAUCUACAUGUACAUGAGGCCUGGGAACAGCUCCUCACAGGACCAGGGCAAGUUCCUCACCCUCUUCUAUAACAGUGUCACCCCGCUCCUGAACCCCCUCAUCUAUACCCUUAGGAACAAAGAGGUGAAGGGGGCCCUGAGAAGGCUGCUGCUGGGCACCAGGCAGGUAGGAAAGGAGUAAGGGGAGAUGGGACAGCCCUGCAACCCCUAGUGUCCCCACCACCAGCACCAUGGACAGCACUCGAACCGUUGAGGGAUUCCUGGCCCUAGCCAGCAACUCUCACCUCAUUGGCCUGCUCUGGAUCUCCUUAGAUCAUGUGACCUAAUGUCAUAUGGGGGCUUUUUUAAAUGUAUGUGACAUGGAGUUUGAAUCCAGGACCUUGCCAAUACAAGAGUACAUUCAUUUGAGUGAACUCUAUGAUGCUCUUCAUCUAGAAACUCCUUGAAAUGAUCCAUCUGUAAAGCUGGUCUACAAAACAGAACAGGAGAAAUAUUUGCUAAGAUAUGUUUCCACCAACUUGUACUAGAGUGUCAAGGGACAACUGUUCUUAACCUGAGCUUUGUAGUUGUUUCUUUUUAAUUGACUAACAGUAUUCUGGGGUCCAGGUUCAAAUGACACAGGAUCCACAGAACCCUUGCCAUGGACCAAGUAUCUGCUGUUGGAUGCUAUCAAACAUUGUGUCCUGUACAGGUUGUUUCGCCUCUCUUUCCCAAAUUCCCUCCCAAAGCCUUUUGACAGAUCCCAUAGCUUUUCCAAGUCUAAUGUAGGAUUCUGGAUGAACUGCAAAGUAAGGCUAUGAAGACAACAUGCAGGUCAUUUACAUCUGGGAACCUCGUGAGUGUCCAGGUGUGUUUGGUUUUGUUUGUGAGAAAAUCCUGGGGUUUACUGAACUCCUGGCAGGUGCUCAUUGUUCAUCUCAUCGAAUGUUCUUAGUGUUUGCCUGAGGUCAGUUUAAGCACUAGGAUUCCUGUUUUACUAAGCCAGCACUUCACAUAGGGAGGUUAAGCCAUUUUCUUAUGGGGAACAGAAUGAGAGAUUUACCUCAGGUUACAAUACCUCCAGUUCCUACAGCUACUGUUUCCAAAGAGCUUUCAGAGAGCAAACUUUCUCCUAGAAGUUCGCAGGCAAUGUCACUGCUCCUUUGUCCUAAAGAGAGCUUCCAGUUCCAUUUGGGGCUCCCCCUAUGUUCUGUGUCCAAAGUCACCUGAGCUCUUCUACAAAUGCAGACUCUGACCCAAUGGAUCAUAAGCUGUUGUGAGGCUCUGAAUUUCUGAAAGCCCCUAUGAAAGGCCCUCACUCCUACAAAAGUCAUUAACUGUAUCUGUCUUUACAGGAGCCCCAAGGGCAGAUACAUUUGAGGAAAAACAUAAGGAGAAUUAGAGAUCAGGGAAAUGGGAAGGAAGGUCCUGAGUCUUUUGCUCUCCCAUGCAUUUUCAAUCCCCGCAGAGCAGCCUUUUCAGCAUGGGUCAUCUUAGCACCCUCUCUAAUUUCAGUUCUCUACAUCAUAUGUCAGGAAUCACCCACACUAAGAAAAGAUCAAGUGGAAACAAACCACAGCCCAUUUAAGAGGAAGAAUCCAGAGCUUCAAAAUCAAGGGAGCUGAGGUGAAUUAUCAGAGGAGCAGCCAUCUGUGAGGGCAAAUGGGGGUUUAUAGGCAUGCAGAAUACAAGUAUUGUAGGUUCAUCCAGGCUUCCACUCAGAUUUAAGAAGAAGACCACAGGGGCCACAGUCUGCAGUGGCGAGACUGGUGUGGGAAGCUCUGAGAUCCUCAGGUGUAGGAGAUGAUAGAAAUGUGGAAAAUGUGCUAAGGAAAUCUGCAGCCUGGAGCCAGCCUGAGAAAGACAACAUGAGUGCUGUAAAUGACAAUGCUCAAGGGGCAGGAGAAUGCGCAAGCCACUUGGAAUUUGCUUUUCACCACAGCUUGCCCAGGUGCUAGACAUGGAGCUGCAGGACAUAUUGUUUGGUUUGUCAGGUUUCAGGAUUGCUUUGGUCUGAUGCCUUUCUAUGAUUUCCUUUUGCAAUGAAAUAGUAACCCUGUGCCUUUGUAUGUUGGAAGUAGGUAAGCUCCAUAGUUAAGUAGGCAAGGCUUUGAUUUUUACAGGGGCUCACAAUUAAAAUGUGUGUUGAGUCUCAGAGGAGAGUUGGACUUGGACUCUUUGUCAUGCUUGAAUUUUUAAGAUUUUGGAACCUGUGAUAUAUAGGCUAAAUGCAUUUUCAUACCGAGAUGGACAUGUAUCUUUUGAGGGCAUGGGAUCUUCAUUUCCUCUGCCAUUUAUAAUUAUCUGAAAAGAACUUAAUGUGUGUAUGGAAAAACAAAGUAAUCUUUUUGGUAGAAACUAAUAAAUAUAAAUCGUUCAGAGAAAAACUUACCAAAAUUUCAGACUAAACUGCUAUAAAAGCA